GCUUUACCGGGACACCUGCGCCAUUUUGACGUAAGGCAACUGAAGUAAAACACGAUGACGACAUCAAAACUUCGACAGAAUCAUUGGUUUUUGUUGCUAUGGGCAUGUGUGCUGUUCGACACGCUAUCUGUUGUCAAGUGCUACAACUUCAUUGAAUUCUAUGGAAAUGACGCCAUACAAAGAAACGUGAAUGGGUUCCAGAAAAAGACUUACAUUGACCUUAUGAAUCCCCUUCCCUCAGGUUCAAUCAUUCGAUGUCACGCCUUUACCGCGAGCGUCAACAACGGACCGAGUGACGUCAUACAUUUUGGGAUAUGGGAGAAAGUUGCAGCUGUGCAAUUUAGACUCCUCCAUAGUCAAAGAUUUACCUUAGUCAAUGGGCAACAGAAUAUUUCGUUCGUUCCUGACUAUUAUUACGUACCACAAGGAUCCUAUAUGGGUCUGACGUUUGAACAAUUCCCUGGCGGUAUCCUGUUUGAUUAUGCGAACCCCUUUUCCGGAAAUAAGUUCGGGUUUUCGGACACCCACGUCGUCUUGCCAACUGUAAAUAGUCUGGUGAACUUGAUAUUUUCCAGCUUCUCCAUCACGCCGUCCUUCAGAGUCGAGAUCGACACACGAAUCCCAGGCAGCACAGGUGAGACAGGUAUGACGGGCCGGGUCGGGGCCACAGGUCCCCAGGGAGUCCAAGGUGUGGCGGGACAGAUAGGACUGACCGGGCCCAGGGGACCAAUUCCCACAGAUGUGGACGAGUGUACCCUGAAUACAUUUUCCUGUCCGGCCAAUGCUUGCUGUCGUAACACGUUCGGGGGUUAUGUCUGUGACUGUGACGACGGUUAUUACCUACAACUGGAUGGCAAUUGUACAGAUGACAUUGAGUGCUCGGACAGUAAUGGGCUCUGUCAACAUAACUGUACUAACACGGACGGGUGGUAUUUCUGUUCCUGCUGGAGCGGCUAUCGACUCUCAGACGACCUCCAUUCCUGUCUGGACAUCGACGAAUGCCUGAACUUCUCCGCGUGUGCGUCAGGAAAAUGCUUUAACACCCCUGGGUCUUACGAAUGUAUUAGUCUCGCCAUUGGAUUAGCAGCACCACUUUAUGGCGUGGACUAUACUGGGAAUACCAAACAGAAGAACACUACUCCAGACAACCGUAGAAAGGAAACUCUAAACUCUAACGCUGCCAUGAUCAUGUGGAUGACCAUGAUAUCCAUCGCAGUCAUCAUCUUGAUUUUGAUGAACAUCAGGCAAUAUGUUAAAAAUCGAUAUCUGCGAAAGUAUAACCGGACCUUACGUCGAAGAGCAGAGGAACAAAGCAUCCCGGAAGUAAGACAUGGCGGCAAUGUUGAAGGACAAAGUGUACCGGAAACCGUUGGACAUGGUCCCAUAUCCUAUGGUCCCGGAUAUUCCUACUAAUAGUUGCCCAUAUGUAUUCGUAUGUUAGAUCAUUUAGCUAAGGAACAAAAGUCGCCUGAAAUAGAUCAACGUGUACCGGAAGUAGAUCAACAUGUGCCGGAAGUUGGUGAACGUGUAACGGAAGUAGAUUAACCUGUAUGGAAAGUAGAUCAUUAUGUAUUGAAUGUAGUAAAAUGAUGAGCAAUAAUGGUUAGCUUCUGUGCUAUUGUUAUUCAGUACAGUAGAUUAUUACAUGUAGACAUUUGGUACUGAGAUUAUAGAUUUUACAUUCAUUACUCCUAUCUCCCUGACCAAGUUUGAGAUUCCAUAGAGUACGUUGUAUUUAAGCCAACACAUUGUAAAAAUCACUGAUAUGUUCAGUUUUAUUUGCUUUUUUCGAUUUAUAAAAUUAAGAAUAUUGUAUAUUUAUCAGUACUUAAUUAUAUUGUUUGUAAGCUUUCCUUUUGGAAUCGUAAAGUGCUAUAUUACUAUACAGCUUUAUAUGAUUAAACAAAUGUUUAUAAUAUAUAUUCCUUUUUCAAUCUAUAGUGAGUGUAAGGCUCCAAAAUUGAAUUGCAUGUUUAAUCUGGAUAUCACACCAUUGAGUUAAAAUACUACCUCAUUAUGCGUCAUUUCUUUUCUCGCAACCUCAAUUUCACUCCAUACUUCUUAUCACCAAAGCAAUGUUGCCCAAAAAUUGUUGCAGCGAAAGGGUAAAACUGUCACUAUAAAAACUGAUGUCAAAACAAUGAAGAGAUGGGACAGCUUCAGCAAGUGUAACCUUAAUGUUCUAUUCCGUCUUUGCGUAUUGCAGAGUUAUCUUCUCUUGGGAGCAGGUAUUGAUUGUUACGUCAUUGGUUU